AUUUAUACAGUACAAUUAUGAUUAUGGACGUGAGAAAAAGCAAGGAAAAAUAUUUGAAACUCCUGAAUUAUCUCAGAAAAAAGGAAUUAGCCAAAGAAUUGAGAGAGAAGAAAGGCUUUUUGCCACUUUCGAUUGUCGAAGAGGCAUAUAAGGAAAUUAAUAUCCUUUACAAAUCGUCUAGUGUUGAAAAGCUGAAUAGUAUAAUACAAAAGAAUUGGAAAAAAAUUUCUGAAGAUGCACUAAGUACUGAACCUGAUGAUGCAAUUAUUACUAUAAGUCGCCAGAAUAUUGCCAAAAGAAAUAGGAUUACAUUCGAUGCGAUUACGAAUUAUGUAGUCAAGACCAAAGAUUUAGAUUUUCUGAAGGGAAAAAUAAGACGCAAUCUUGUAAAAAAUGCCAUGUUGGAGUAUUUGGGAGUUGAAUCUUUAAGAGCGACUCAUGUGAAUACUUGCAGAAAUUACGUUCAUGAAAAUCAUCACGAAAUUAAAGAGGCAGUUUUCAAACGUCUAAAACCAAACAAAGAAUUUGAAAAUAAUUCCGAUUCAGAUUGGAGUGAAGUUUCAGAUAUUGAAGUAGUGAAUGAUAAUUUACCAAUUAACAAUAUUUCAAGAAAGCGUAAAAUUUCAAUAAAAGAAGAAGUUGAACCGCCAAAUGACAUAGAGAAUGUGAUUAUUAAAACAGAACCACCGGAGACUGAUGAAGAAAGUAUAACUGUUAACGAAACGACUCCAAGUUCCUGUAUUUUAAAAGAAGUCCGAAUACCUUUAGAAAGAAUUCAAGUUCCUGUGAAAGAAAUUUCAAAGACAAGUAAUGAAAAUAAAACAUUUUCCCGAUGGUAUCGUAUGGUCUCGGACGACGAAUUUCUCCAUGAGAAAAAAAAAGAUUUUCUUGCUCAGUAUCAACAUAAAAAAAUUAAAUUAAUUAAUGAGUGCCAAAUGGCUGUUCAAAAUUUCAUUACUGAUUGUGAUCAAGCAUUGGAAGAAUUGUUUACGAAUGUAAAACGCAGCUAUAGAAAACAACCAAAUAUCAAAGUAAUGUGAUUGAUAAUAUGCAAUUUAUAAUGUAUAUUUUAUUUUGAUAGUAUAUAAAAAUUCUAAUGUGCAAAUUUCGUGAUUUAUCAUGUAGGCAAAAAAGGAGAAAUAAUUGUCAAUAUUGACACAACAAAUGUUACCACGAUACUUUCGAAACCUUCUAUUAUUAUUUUUGCGUCAAAAAUAAUUAGUCAAAAAUAUUACCGGAAAUUAAUAUUUUAAUAUAAUAAUUA